CUCCUUGAAGCGGUGCCUACGCUUUAUUUUUGCCCAAGGAGAGCACUAAUCGCUCGCGAGCAACUCCACUAGCGUUCCAAGUCAGCCAUGGCGGCUGCUACAGCUUCUCUCAAGGCCAUUCCUCACUCGGCAGAACGAGCCUCCGUCGAGUCGGAUGUUUCCAGUCGACUAGCUCCCUCUUCUGACUGCACGACUAGCAACGGCGCGUCGGAAUUGCCUCCAUCUAACCACAGCAGCAGUAGCAGCAGCAACAGCAGCAACAGCAGCAACAGCGAAGGCGGCAUCCCGUCGACGGCAUUUCGCUCUACUAGGGAGCCGCAACGGAGCGUCGCAUGGCCUUCCCCCGGCCUUCCUCCGAAUCCCCUCGGCAUUACAUCCGCUCGUUCCGCCAUAUCCCAUCGCGAAUACGUUCGCGACGGGCUCAAGCCCUGCUGCUGCCCUUGCUGCUGCCGCGACCGCGACGCCGACGACGGCUUGUCGUCCGUGCUGUCGUCGUCGCCCGGCGACGCCCAUGCGACAGACCAUGCGACGGUUUUCUCGGGGCCGAUGGAGAGCGGGCACCAUAGCAGCGACCUUAACGGGCGGUUCAGCAGAAACCCCUGGUUUAAUCGCUCGAGGUCGCGAUUUAGUGCGGCGUCCGCUGGCAGUGGCGGCAGUGGCGGCGGCGGCAGGGGAAGCGCAGCACUAGAGUCGCAGCAAGGCGAACAGACAGCCCAGCAGGUACAACUGCAACAGCAGGAGCAGCAGGCGCAGUCCCCAGCCUCCUCGUUACCGCACCAGCCGUUCUUUCGACCGCCUACGCCCAUCCCCUCGUUUGAAGCACCCCGCGGCGCAGCUUCCCCCACAAGCCCCGCCGGAAUGGCCCUGGGGGCCCGCGGGCUGCGGGGAGAUGCGCGGGCGGAAGUCUGCGCGGUGCAGGGGGGGAGCGGAGCCGGGGGAAGCGCGAAAGGCGAUACGGCCGUGUUUUCCGCAGUGAUGGAAACGCGGGAGGUGGCGGAGGUAAGAGGAGGCGCGGCGGUAAAGCAAGGGGCGCGAGGAGAGAGGAUGGCGGAGGGGGUGGGCGAGAGUGGGGGCGACGCGCGGAGAGGAGCGGGCGGUGCCGAGUGUGGAGGAGAAACGGCCGCAGUGAGGAGAAACCGCUGGGAGGGCCAUGCGGCGGCGGCGGCGGCGGCGGAGGACGAGGGGGAGGCGGAAGAAUGGGAAGCGGAAGGCGCAGAGGAGACGGAGGAGGAGAACGCGCAAGGGGAUGCGGUGGCGGAGAGUAACGAAGGAGUCGUAGAAACCGGCGAUGGUAAUGGCGGUGAGACUGGCGACGAUUAUAUCGACGAAGAUGCGUUGCUAUUGGACGGCGACCUUCUGGUAGACAUUCUUUCGCCCACCAACGACGGCCAUGGACCCAUUCCCGCCGCGCUGCACUGCGCGCAACACUCCUCCGCCAAGUGGCGCCAUCCCCCGCUCGCCUUCCCCAUUCCCCCGCUUUCCAUCCCUCCACCUUCCGUCCUCCUCUCCUCUGUUUGCGCCACCUCCGCUCCCCCUCCAACUGCGCUCCACGCAGGCGGAGCGUUUCCCCCGAGGCUCUCCGCGCUUGAAGUCUCCGACCCUGCGGACCGUUCGCUUAGCCGCUUUAACAGUUCUUCUGCGGAUUGUGCUACUAUCGAAGGGCUCUCCGCGCCUUGUACGCCGUCGACCCCGCGCCCUCCCUCCCCCCUCGCGCACGCCGCUUUCGAUGCCCCUUUUCUCUCCCCCGCAGAGGCGUCCUCCCCCUCCUCGUCCCCCCCCUCGACCUCCCCCGACUCGGAUUCCUCCCCCUCGCCUUCCUCCCCCUCGUCUUCCUCCCCCUCGCCUUCCUCCCCCUCGUCUUCCUCCCCCUCGUCUUCCUCCCCCUCGCCUUCCUCCCCCUCGUCUUCCUCCCCCUCGUCUUCCUCCCCCUCGCCUUCCUCCCCCUCCUCCCUUUCCCCCGUGUCCCCGCAAACACCGACUUCCCCGUACCCCUCCAACUCCGCUAACCCUUUCCCCUCCAGAAAGUCGCGGGUGUCGCGGGGAGUUCCCGGCGCGAGCUCCCCGCUUGCGCCUCCCCCUGCGCCCCUCGCCGCGCUCUUUUCCGCCGUGGCGGAGCAUCUCUCCCUGCGCGUGGCGCUCUGGCGCCGACAGCGGCUGAUUAAGGCGGCUAGGGCGCGCGCUAGCGGGGAAGGAAGUGCCGGCGGCGGUGGCGGCGGCAGCGGCGGAAGGGAAAGCGUGCGUGUGGACGCGCGGGCAGUGCGCGACAUCGUGCGCGCGCAGGAGGAGCUCCGCGCGGAGGUGCGCGCAUGGUGUGUGGUAGAAAAUCGCGGGGGAACGGCGGAGCGAAGACUUGGUUGCGGCGACGACAGCAGGAGAGGAGAUAUCUGGGGUGAGGGGGAGCAGGAGGAGUGCGGGGAGAGAGAGCGGACAGGGGGAAGAAGAGACGGCGGUCCGCCAGUGUGGUUCGAGUGGGGUGGUUCGCAGUACUACCUGAAGCCAUGGCAGGCGAUCGCAGGCGAGAGCGAGUUCAACACGCGGCGCUGCCGCAUUGUGGCAUGCCUCGACCGCCUCGCCGCCAUCAUUAACGCCUCCCCUGUGGACGUGGCUGGCAAUAGGUGCUCGUCCGUGCAGCAGCAGCAGCAGCAGCAGCAGAAGCAGAAGCAGCAGGAGGUACAGCAGACAACGGCAGCGGAGGCAGAGGAGAAGGAACAGAUUAGCAAGCUGGGCGUGCGGGGGCGGUACCUGCGGCGGCUGCGCGAGGGGCGGCGGGGGGAGCCGCCGCUGCAGUGGCUGGACGACGCGGCUGCGGCGUACGUGGUGGACGGCGGCGAGUGGCAGCACGUGGGGUCGCUGCGCUUCUGCGCGUGGAUCGCCCACGUGUGCCGCCACCCCGACUGGCACAUGCCCUGUGUGGCUGCGCGUGCCAUAAGGGUAGCGGACAUAUUCGGUGGUCCGGCGUGUGUCGCGGCGAACCUAGAAGACUAUUUCCGGUUGUACGGCGCUGACACAGCCGCCUCGCUCGCCUCUGCCCUGCCGCCGCGCCACCAGUACGCUGGGAGGAGCUUGUCUGCUGGCCGUGAAGAUAGCGGGAGAGGAGGGAGUGGUGCGGGUGCAGGUGCUGAGGGGGUGGAGGACUGGAGGAACGAGUUUGGCGGCAUGGGGGGGUUCUGUCGCUGGCUGGAUGCUGCAAAGGCCCUGGACCAGCAUCAGCAGCAGCAGCAGCAGCAGCAGUCAUCACCAUCAUUAGCCACUAGCAGCAGCGCCGCCAGCCCCCCCUGCCUCCCCCCCGGAACAAAUGCGUGGAGGGUGAUAGAAGGUGCCAUCGUGGUGGUAUGCCACAUGAAGCCCUCGCGCAUUGCUCUUCUGGCCCGGGUGCUCCAGUCAUCUCUCUGCGAGCACCAGCAACAACAGCAGCAGCAACAACAGCAACAGCAGCAGCAGCAGCAGCAGCAGCAGCUGUAUGAGGGAAUGGACGUGGCUGAGCGGCUGCUGCAUCGCUUCCUGGCUUUUCAACUGCCGCCCAAAUUCCAGUCCAGCUGCUGAGGCGACUCACUUUCAAGGAACUCCCUUCUGAGGUUACUCAUUCACUUCUGAGUGCACUCUAGAGAGAGCCGCCUCCUCCACUUGUGCUGAUUGAUGGUUUGCGUGUGAAGAUUCUCCUGUGGAGAGAGGGGGGACUGAUUGCUUGCUCUGAAAGCAUGAAGUGGAUUCAGAGGGGUAGAAUGGAAAAUUGAGGUGGUGCAUAUAGCACUGUACUGUAUGGUAGUUAUGGUAUGGUUAGAGCAGGUUUUUUGUGUUGUAGUAAUUUCGCAUUAGUCAUGGCAUGACCAUGUUGUGCACUAGCCUUGUGAUGUAUCUAUAAUUUAAAUUG